AUGUCAACUGAUAGACCGUACGUGUUUAUCCACGUCAUUCCAUCAAUGGAUGGAAAGAUUACAGGAAACAUCUUCAAAACACAGAGUCUCCUUAACUUAAGACCUGAAUAUUGGAAAACUAAAUACAAUCAUGAACAUGAUGCCUGGUUAGUUGGAAGAGCCACAUUUGACUCAAUAUGCACACAUAAUGAGACAGUAGAUUUGAGCAACAUGAAAGCAGAAUGCGAAGAAGGAGAUUAUAUUGCUAAAAGAAACCUUGACAUGGUUGCAAUUGUUGUCAAUCCAAAAGGAAAGCUCGGAUGGAAGGAAAAUGUCGCUCAUUACUGGGGCCAUGACUCAGACAUUAUUGAAGUUUUGAUAAAUCAAUCAACACCACAAUACAGAAACUACUUACGUAGCAUCGGAAUUUCCUACAUUAUGUGUGGUGACCAUGAUGUUGAUUGGAAAUUGAUGUUUUCCAAAUUGAAGAAUGUUUUCAACAUCAAAGCAAUUUGUGUCCAAGGAGGCGGAAUGAUCAAUUGGUCACUCAUGAGAACAGGAUUAGUUGAUGAACUCUCAUAUGUUAUUGCUCCAACAACUGAUGGAAGAAGCACUGAUGUUUCUUUCAUCAGAAGAAAUCCAGAAGAUACAGAUUCCCCACCUCUUGAAUUUGAUUUGAUCGAUGUUCAAAGAGUAGGAGACAAUGGUGUUUGGUUAAGAUACGCUCCAAAGAAAAAUUAA